GUCUUCAAACCCACCUAUCCCCAUUCAACCCAACCACCCCCAUAUCCUCUUCUUCAGCUCCCACACAUUCCCUCUCUAGUCUCCACAGAUCUGAACUUUCAUUACUCAAGAUUUAAAGAUUCUUGAAAUUCUUGAAAAAAAAUGUCAACUUUAGCACCCCAUUUUCGUACAGUAAUGGUGAACUCACUUCCCUUAGAAGUUCUUGAACACAUCUUCUCCGACAUAACUUCAGAUAAGGACAGGAACUCAAUAUCCUUGGUUUGUAAAUCUUGGUAUGAAGCUGAGAGGUGUUGUAGGAAAAGUGUGUUUAUUGGGAACUGUUAUGCUGUUAGCCCUUCAAUCUUGAUUAGACGUUUCCCAGACCUCAGAUCUGUAACGAUUAAAGGGAAGCCACAUUUUGCUGAUUUCGAUCUUGUACCUGAAGGUUGGGGUGCAUAUUUCUAUCCAUGGGCUGUUUCAAUGGCGAAAGCUUAUCCAUUUCUUGAGGAAAUUAGGCUUAAGAGAAUGGUUGUUUGUGAUGAGUCAUUGGAGCUGAUUUCGAAGUCGUUUAAGAAUUUCAGAGUCUUGGUUUUACAGUCUUGUGAAGGAUUUACUACCGAUGGACUUGCUGCCAUUGCUGCUAACUGCAGGAACCUGAGAGAACUGGACCUGGGAGAAAGUGAAGUAGAAGACCUGAGUGGCCACUGGCUUAGUCAUUUUCCUGAUAGCUGCACAUCGCUUGUGUCACUUAACAUUGCUUGUUUGGCUUCUGAGGUCAGCUUCUCAGCUUUGGAGCGUCUAGUUGCUCGCUCUCCUCAUUUGAGGACUCUUCGGCUCAAUCGUGCCGUUUCCAUUGAGAAACUUCCAAAGCUACUUCGUCAUGCUUCGAAGUUGGUUGAAUUUGGUACAGGAUCCUACUCUGCUGACAUGCAGGCUGAUGUUUCUGAAGUUUUCGUAAAUGUAUCUCAAGCUUUUUCAGGCUGUAAUCAACUCAAAGGCUUGAGUGGGUUUUGGGAUGCUGUGCCAGCCUACUUUCCAACUAUUUAUCCAGUCCACUCCAAACUCACCUCUUUGAAUUUAAGCUAUGCUACCAUUCAAAUACCUGAUCUUGGCAAGCUCAUUGGCAACUGUCUCAAUUUGCAGCGGUUGUGGGUGCUAGAUUACAUUGAAGAUAGCGGUCUUGAGGAGAUUGCCAACACUUGUAAGGAACUUCAAGAGCUUAGGGUGUUUCCUUCUGAUCCAUUUGCUCCAGGACCUAAUGUAUCCUUGACAGAGCAAGGCCUUGUAGCUGUCUCAAUGGGCUGCCCUAAGCUUCAGUCAGUUUUAUACUUCUGCCGCCAAAUGACAAAUGACGCCUUAGUUACUAUUGCAAGGAAUCGUCCUAACAUGAUCCGAUUUCGUUUGUGUAUUAUCGAGCCUCGAACUCCUGAUUACUUAACCCUUGAACCACUUGAUGCUGGUUUUGGGGCCAUUGUGCAACACUGCAAGGAAUUGCGACGACUUUCUCUUUCUGGCCUUCUUACAGAUCGUGUGUUUGAGUACAUCGGGGUCCAUGCUAAGAAGUUAGAGAUGCUUUCCUUAGCUUUUGCGGGGGAUAGCGAUCUAGGCCUCCACUAUGUUCUCUCUGGUUGUGAGAGCCUUCGUAAGUUGGAGAUUAGAGACUGCCCCUUUGGCGAUGAGGCUCUGUUGGCUAAUGCUGAAAAGCUGGAGACAAUGCGAUCCCUUUGGAUGUCUAAUUGUUCAGUAAGUUUUGAAGCAUGUAAGCUGCUAGCCCAGAAGUUGCCAGGGCUUAAUGUUGAAGUUAUAGACGAGAGGGGUCAUCCGGAUACGAGACCAGAAAGCUGCCCUGUUGAGAAACUUUAUAUAUACAGGACAGUGUCAGGAAGGAGGUUCGACACUCCUGGUUUUGUUUGGAUUAUUGAUGAAGAUGCAGCAUUGACUCCAUAUAGCAAGGGGAAUUGCUCUCUGGCUUCUUCUUAGGAAGACUUCAGGUAUAAGUUCUAUGUUAAAUCUUUCACCCGCGUU